CAGCAGAACACCGCUAAUAUUAUAUUGAUGAAAAGCCAUAAUCCUCAUAGGAGUUGUAUAUUGAAGGAUCUCGUUUGAAAAUCGUGACAAAGUUCUUCCUAGAGAUAGCCCUUCAGCCUCCUUCCUAAACAAAUAUGCAGCGCAAGAAGAUAAAUGCAAUGUCCAUAUGGAAUUGUUAGAUGCCUUUGAUUUGGACUCUUCCUCCACCUUUCCCAUUUUUUUCAUAAUCAAAGUUCUUCAAAUUACUUCAAAUGGCUUCAUUUCCCCUUCUCACGUCCAUCACCAGCCAUGGAGUCCAAUAAACGUCCCCUCGCCGUCCGUGGCAGCCUCCUGGCAUUCCUGACACAUUUCCUGUCAGUCCAAAGGCCCCCAUCGAGCCUGAUCAUCUGCAGCACCGAAGAAGGCUUCCUCGAAGGACUCACCGGGCCAUCCGCGUCAGCAAGUCUGGGCGUCUUACAGGCGCUCCUCUGCCCUACACUCGAACACAUCCACACCCACGAACAAGUCCAUGUGGCCUUCUGUCCGUCCGUCCAAUCGCUCAAAGCCUAUCUCAGCGUCUUCGAAGCAUGCAGCAAGCCAAACCCAGAGCACGAGAGUGGCCAGCGGCGGCCGAUCCUCGCAGUCAUCAAUCUGAUCUCGGUACACGAAGGCACUUCCUCAGACUCGGCGCAGGGACUGAGCCGGGCGUGUGCGAUGGCGGUCGAGGCGGCGAUUCGGACGGGGCUGGAGUUGAUGUUUUUCGAAACGGCGGAGAUUCCGAGGCGGUAUGAUGGGUGGGAACGACAGGUAGGGAUUCUUAGUUCGACAACAAGGAGUUUUAGAUCGGGAGAGAGGGCGUGGGUUGGGAGGACGGUGCCGGUGAAGGCGAUGCUGGGGAGAUGGUGUCGCUUCGUGGAACUUGAGGAAAGCCUGUUCUAA